UCGCGCCGCUGUGACGUCAUCGCUCUACAAAGCCGCCCCCUCUCUCUCGGGUCGGCUCCACCGUGACGUGUAACACCGAUAAAGUUGCUCAGGUUGCAGAGCAUGAAGUUGUCCGUCGGUGCCGCCGCCGCUGCCGUCGAGUGACCCCGGGGGAGACGUGAGGAGGAGGUCUCUCUUGUCCCUCGUGUCCCUCUCUGGACGCCAUUAUGCGUCUGUGUCUCACCGGAAGCGCCGGGAUGCGUCGCUGCUGUCUGCUCGCCGCCGUGUUGUUGUUGUCUGUCGGGGUCGCCGCCGUCCCGGAGGAGCACAACCCGGCCCAGGAGCAGCCCCCGCAGGAGAAAGCCUCGAGUACACAUCCGAUCGGCCCGGUGGUUUCUGAAGAUGGCUCCUCCAACAAAGCGAACCUGGGCUUCAUCCACGCCUUCGUGGCCUCCAUCUCCGUCAUCAUCGUCUCCGAGCUGGGGGACAAGACGUUUUUCAUCGCGGCCAUCAUGGCCAUGCGUUACAACCGUCUCACCGUGCUGACGGGGGCCAUGCUGGCUCUGGGGCUCAUGACUUGUCUGUCUGUACUGUUUGGUUAUGCCACCACCAUCAUACCAAGAAUCUACACCUACUAUGUGUCCACCGCUCUGUUUGCCAUCUUCGGUGUGCGCAUGCUGCGGGAGGGGCUGAGGAUGAGUCCGGAUGAAGGCCAGGAGGAGCUGGAGGAGGUGCAGGCAGAGAUCAAGAAGAAGGAUGAAGAGCUCCAGCGGUCCAAGCUGGUCAACGGGGCUCCAGAUGUGGAGGCUGGAUCAGGGACCGCCAUGCCUCAGGGGAAGUGGCACAGCAUUAUCUCCCCCAUCUUCAUCCAGGCGCUCACCCUCACCUUCCUGGCAGAGUGGGGGGACCGCUCGCAGCUCACCACCAUCAUUCUGGCUGCUCGGGAGGAUCCAUUUGGAGUGGCAGUGGGAGGAACACUUGGGCACUGUUUGUGUACAGGGCUGGCUGUUGUAGGAGGGAGAAUGAUCGCCCAGAAAAUAUCCGUCAGAACCGUUACAAUCGUCGGAGGGAUCGUUUUUCUGGCUUUCGCCUUCUCCGCCCUCUUCAUCAAACCGGAUGCUGGAUUUUAAUCGGACGGGAGACUUUCAGGUUUUCUCUGUACAUACGUGUAAGAUUUGGUUACGUUGCUGUAGAGACUGUUGUUUUGACCCUGUGUGUGUUUAACAGAACAUGUGAACGGCCCAACAGAAAGCCAAUGUCACGCCCUCUACUCCUAGCUAACCUCCGUACCACAGCAGUCUGUAACUCUGGAGGGUUUCUGGUGGAGGUUAUACACUGUUUUGUUAUCAUUAAAUAACGUAACGCAUUACGCACAUCGAAGCCUCAUCAGAUACACUUUGAACUCCACACAGAAAGCCCUGGAAACCUUUCUUGAGACGUAAAAUCCUCAAUGAGAGGACACACAAAGUUAGAGGUUAGCUAGGAGGGAGCAGGAGGAGCUGCAGCUCUCUAUAAGAGCUGUGUUCUCAUCUGAGGGACAGAACACCAGAGUGUUUCUGAUUUCUGUCCUCUGACUCGUCUGUAAAAGAAAAACUCUGGGUUUUUUGGCAGAAAAACAGAGUCUGACUUGCAGUUCCUCCCUCAGUCCAAUAAAACGUCUCUUGCCUUCUUUUUGUUUUUAAAUAUUGAAUGUUUUUUUUGUUUAUUUGACCUGCUGGCAGACGGUUGUUUAUUCCCUCUUCCUCUCUGGCUUGAUAUUUUUUGUCGUGAUGCAUUAAAAUCACAUACUUAACACUAGAUUUAGAUUUCCCAUUGUGAGGAGGAAUGCAAAAACCAGAACCAACAACAAAUAGUUAAACAUAUAGCUCUGAUUGUGUGAAGUGUGGUUGUAAGAGGUUAUUCUCCAUAGUCUGUUUUAUUACAGUAUAUUGAGUUUGUAGAAACAGACCAGCAAAGGAGCCAAGUAAUGUGCUGCUGUGGACGUAUUUGUAUAAAUAUAUCGUACACUUAAACUAAUAUUAUUCAUUUUCUUUUGGUGUAAAAUAAGUUUUGCCGUCUACUGUACACUGACUAUGGAGAAGUACCUCAUAAACCCCCCCAAUCCAAACUAUCCUUUAAGAAACCGUUUUUGAGAUCUGAUUUAAAUUGAGAUUAUAUUUGAGGAAUAUCUCCCUCGUUUAUUAACCCCUUGUUUCACAUAGGAGCAUUCUUUAAAAAGAGUCAGAGACCUGAACCACUAGAUUACCUCUGCGUCCAGGUGUCGCCAUGCCGACGUAGGGACUAUCCUUAAAAGAACCGCUACCAGAAAGCUACACCACAGCUGAAAAACAAUCUUAUGUGCACAUUUCCUGCUUCCUGUUUCACAUGUUAACUCUUCCUCAAUGAUUAAAGCCAUUAUUACAAACCCAGCUGCCUCUAUCGUUAACACAAAAUCAAUGGCUACGUCAGGUACGGCAUAGAUUACACCACCUGCUAAAAGGUUCUGGUUUAAGUCACUUCUUUUGCCAUAAGCAGCUGUGUGGUAGCUACGGCGACACCUGAACUCGGCAUCCAUGUUUCACCUGUUUAUUUCCUAUUUAUUUAGCUUAAUUUCCUUUUCCUUCUUUAAAGCUAAUGUACUGUAGUAACAGGGAGAUGGAGGUCACCACAAACAAGGAAUGGAAAUAUAUUUUUUAACGGUGAACAGACUAAAGCUGCAUUGUCAAUAUUUGACAGGCUGUGAGAUACUUUCUGUUUGUGAUACUGGUUGGUUGAAAAGCCUAUAAAUCUGAAAAAAAAAAGCUAAAUAAAAAUCUUUCAUGUGUCGUCUGA